GCGGCCAAGGCAGUCAACCGCGACCUCGUCAGGCUCCUGCUGGCAGACAGGCUCGGACAAGAGCCAGCAGUGGCUGCAGGCAGAGGAGAGACUGGGAACCAGACGUCAUCAGCUACCUCUGUGGGCCAGCGCGUGCGAGAAGAGGCAGCAGCAGAUAACUCAGGCGAUCGCAAACAUGGAUCAAGGUGGCGUGGAUCAGCGACGGGUCCCGUUUCCAUGGGAAAUCACAGAUUUCCGCCGCCGAAAGAGGCGGCAUCGGCCGCAUUUCGGGGAGGGCGGUUCCCCCGAUCCAUGGAUUAG